AUGAGGACCAAGAUGUUGGAGGGUGACGUGCAAGCGAUCACUAGAUGUAGUUGGAACAGUCUUGAGCUUGAGAACAUUACCAUUUUAUACCCUAUUCUUAUCAAUUUUCUUCAAUGCUUCCUAUUCCUAGCAACGACUGCUUUGGAGCAGAUGAAUCAUAGCCUUGUAUUGGACAAGCCAAUUAGAGUAUUGUGGUCUAACCAAGAUCCUGAUGCCAGGAGAAGUGGCAUUGGAAAUGUGUUUGUUAAGAACUUUGGUGAGCACGUUGACAAUGUAACUCUUCAAGAACUAUUCUCCAAGUUUGGAGAGCUAUUAUCUUGUAAAGUUGUUAGAAAUGAGGAUGGCACAAGUAGAGGCUAUGGUUUUGUUCAAUUUGCAGCGCAAGAGCCGGCAGACAUCGCAAUAGAGACUCUUAACAACUCUUACUUUGAGGGCAGAGAAUUGCUUGUAGCUCAUUUCAUUAAGAAGAGCGAACGAUCAGCCAAUAAUGAUGACAAAUACACUAACUUGUAUAUGAAGAAUAUAGAUGACGACAUGACAAAAGAACUCAUUAAAUUGAAGUUUUCUCAUCAUGGUCAAGUAACUAGUGUGAAGAUAAUGAAGAGAGAUGAUGGGACAUCCAAGGGUUUUGGGUUUCUUAGUUUCAAAAACCCAGAAAGUGCCAAGAAAGCAAAAGAGGCCAUGAAUGGGAUGGCUCUUGGUGUCAUGUUUUACGGCAAACCAUUGUAUGUUGCUAUUGCUCAAAGGAAAGAGGACAGAAAAGCUAGGCUGGAGCAACCGUUUGCUGAACUUGCUAUGAUGGAAGGAACUGCAAGUCCCGUGAUCCCCACAGGUUAUCCUCAUGUGUAUUUUGCCCAUCCCAGUACACACUUUCCUCAUGGUCUGUCAAGAAACAACAGGGGACGCAUGACCGGGAAUAUGAUGACUUUUCCCCACGCCGUUAAUUAUGUGUCACAUGCUCAGACAGCUAAAGAUUUCAUGUCCAUGUCCCGGCAGCCUGAUCUGGCCAGUAAGAUCACUGGAAUGUUACUGGAGCUAGAUAAUUCUUAUCUGCUGUCGAUGCUAAAUUCGCAGGAUACCUUGUCUACAAAAGUUAACGAGUGUGUGCAAGCUCUGCAAGGGCAGCAAGCGGCAAAAAAUAAGACUGCGGAUCUAGAGUCCCUACACCCUAGCUUCCUGAACUCUACCGGUGUAAAUGCCAACUGA